UCUAGCUUCUUCCAUCUUGGCAUUAGAACAUUGUUCCUAGCUCUGUUAUACUGAAAGGGAGCAGCUGUUCUCAUUGUGCCAUGAAGGUGUUAGUAGCUUUACUAUUGCUUGUGCAGCUCCUAAGCUGCAAAGCUGUACCCUUUGAUCCCUCUCAUCCCCUGCAUCUACGGUUCCUUGACUGUGAUGACCCAGAGUCUGAAGAAGCAGCUGCCAUAGCUGUGGACUACAUCAAUGCCCAUAAUCAUCAUGGAUACAAGUAUGCACUGAACAGCAUUGAGAAGAUCAAGGUGUUGCCCAGGAGGCCUACUGGAGAGAUAUUUGACCUCGAACUUGACUUAUUAGAGACUGUAUGCCACAUCGUGAACCCCUUGCCCGUUGAAAAUUGUACCGUAAGGCCAUUGACAGAUCACGUUGUUGAAGGUGACUGUGAUGUUAAAUUGCUCAAGUUGGAUGGACGCUUUUCUGUAUUAUCUACCCAAUGUCACUCAACUCCAGACUCAGCUGAAGAUGUUACUCAAAUCUGCCCCGACUGUCCAACAUUAGCACUUUUAAAUGACACUCAGGUGAUAACUGCGGUUGACCUUGCACUCGCUCAGUAUAACAGAGGACAGGAUGGUGCCUUCUUUAAACUCCUUGAAAUUGGACGAGCUCAAAUUCAGCAUUUCCCAGACAUUGUCGAUGUCGAGUUUGCCAUUGUUGCCACUACCUGCUCAGCGAAAGAUGCCCAGGAACAUGUGGGUGACUGUCAGCUGCUGCCUAAGGAUCAAGUUCAAUUUGGCUUCUGCAAUGCAGCAGUUCUCACCAAAAACAACAUCACAGUGUCCUGCACAAUUUAUGAACAUCAGCCUGGAGUGACCCACCAUCACCUGACUCACGAUCACUUGGGAGGACAGCUUCCCACCGUGGUAAAAGGCUUCAAGCAUCAUGACCUCAGGCACUUCCACCACGGCUCAGUCCAUGGUAAAUCAGAGUCCAGCUCUGCAGAAGCUUUUGUUGGUCUACCACCAGCAGUUCCUGUGGUCAAAAGAUCACUGGUCUACCACCAGCAGUUCCUGCGGUCAACAGCCAUCCCUGCUCCCCCUGUAGGUCCAGGUCCUAAACUCCCAGUGUGUCCCGGGAGGAUACGACAUUUCCAAGUGUAGGGUAAGAUACAUUAGCCAGCUGAUGAAGGGUUAGCUGGUGGCAUAACCCACUUGCAGAGCAUACUGCCAAGUAUAAGCGUCUGAGAGCACUCAAAUCUCUGAGCGCCAAUGGGUUUCAACCCGAUAUAUGAAAGUGAUCGAAAGCUCACAAUAAUCUGCUUUGAAAAGUAGGUGACCACAUACUGUGGCUGCUGUAAAACCCAUAACUUCAUGAUAUGAAAACCAACCAAAGGUGCUUCACAAAUAAAACUUAAACAUGAA